AUGUAUAGCAAAUUUGGAAAAGUUUGUACAGAAAGAUUCCAAAUAUUAAAACACAAAGAAGAAAUUUUAUCUGGGAAAUCCCCGAAAAAAUCAAUAAAAACACAACCUCCAAGGGCUCAUUCCCAGCAGCUAUCUCCUGAAAAGCUGCAAGAGAUUUUAAGAGAAAAUAUUAGUAUUGAUUUACCUGACGAAAAACCAUCUCCUAAACAAAGCUGUGCGUUUAUGUCGCAGACCCGUGAAGAAUUUUAUAAAGCAAAUGGUAGCAAAAGUCCAGCUCCGCCUUGUAAUCAUUAUGACGCAAGAUAUAAACUAGUCGAUAAACAGCCGAGGAAAAUUGAUUUUAGUGAAAGACCAAAAACGGCCUCCCGAGUUAUGAAAGAAACAAAAUUAGCUCUCCCUUUUUAAAUUCAAAAAAUUACUGUUCCAAUUUAAAGGGGGUCUUAUUUUUUUAACAAAUUAUUUUUAUUUUUAUAAAAAAUUAAUCGAUUCAGUGUAAAAAUCGUUUAAAUAGUAUUUUAAUUGCAUUUUGUAUAUAAAAUUAUGUCAAAAAUAAAUUUUUAAACAUUAGUAUUUUUUCAUCGAUAAAAUUUUUCGCUGAAAAAAAUUGCUUGCUCCAAUUUAAAGGUGUUUAAAGUAUCCAAAAAAAAUGCUAAUCUUACAUAUGCUUUGUUUCAAUUUAAAGGGGGAGUAAGUGACUUUGAAAGUCCUCCAGAAAAGCCAAGAAGUAAAAUAAAAGGCGCAAUGAGUGCAGGAGCAAUGAUUAUGCACUUUUGACAGUGUGCAUUUCAUCGAAAAAAAUUUUGUAAAAAGUCUAAAUUUUCGGGCAAUUGUAUCCAUCAAAAAAUUUUGAACAAAAAUCCCUUAGGAAAUAUGCAUUAUCAAAAUUAAACGAUUUUUGACAUCAAACCAAGCGCAAUAUCGUUAGAGAAACAGCUGCCAAGGCCGAGUAUCGUUAAAAUGACUAGUGAUGUAAAUGAAAAAAGAUUUGAAGCUUAUGAAGAUAUGCCAAACGUAUGUGGAAAAUAUAGAAGGGUUAGCACGCCUGAUAUAGGGAAAGCAAGGGCUAGAGACAGUAAAUUUUUGCAAGAAGAGGUGUUUCCUACUUAUAAUUCAUCGUAUAAGCUUAUAUCAGAUGACCUUGGAAAAGUGGCAAGUUUUGAGAAAUAUUCCCCGAGAAAGCCGAUUUUGUUGAGCCAUUUGACGAAUAUGCAUGGGUAUAAAGUCAAUUAUGGGAUGGUGGAGAAGAGAGUAAGAUCGCCUGAUUUUAAAAGAACUGGAUCGAGGCCGGAUAGUGCAAGUCCUCUGCCUUUGUAUAUGAAACAGAUGAACUCAAGAGCGUCUCUUAAUAUUUUGAAUGAGAAAAUGCUAGAAAUGAAUUCUGCGCUUGAUUUAUCAAGGAUAUCAUUAUCUGGAAGUCCGGUAAGAUUAAGAACACCAAAUUUGAGCAUGAUUUAUUAA